AUGACAUUAUCAACAAUUUUUUCAAAACGGAAUUUAUCAAGAUAUAAUCCUGAAAAAGUCAAUUUACUUAAAAUUGUAUUAAAAUCAUUUUUAUUAGGUAGUUUAUUCACAAUUAAUUUAUAUAAUUUAUUAUUUACAUUUAAUAAAUUUUGGUAUCAAAUUAAUUUAUUUAUAAUUUUUUUAAUAAUUUUCCAUAAUUUAGAAUUUAUUAAUACUGUAUUAUUUAAUAAUUCUCAAGUUGAUGAUGAUUCAUUUAUAUUAGAAGAUAAAGAAAUGUUUAUAAUUAAUUUAUUAUCAAUAAUAGAACAUAUAAUAAUUCAUAAUUAUGAUUAUUUUAAUUUGAAGUUUUAUACUGAUUCAAAAUUUGUUUAUGGAAUUGGAUUAAUUUUGAUUAUUAUAGGACAAUUUAUUCGAAGUUUAAGUAUGUAUACUGCAAAAUCAUCAUUUAAUCAUUAUAUUCAAAAAGAGAAAAAGGAAUCAAAAACGUCUAGUUCCGUUGCACUUGAACAAAUAGAUAAUACCGACGACAACAAUGAUGUUGAUGCUGAUGAUGAUAUGGGUCAUAAAUUAAUAACUACAGGGAUUUAUCUGAUAUUUCGUCAUCCAUCAUAUUUUGGAUUUUUCAUUUGGUUUUUAGGUUUACAAAUUUUUUUAAAUAAUAUAAUUGUAUUAAUUAUUGGUGGAAUUAUAUUAUGGAAAUUUUUUAAUGAAAGAAUUCAAUUUGAAGAAAUUUAUUUAGUGAAGUUUUUUGGAAUUGAUUAUAUAAAUUAUCGUAAUAAAACUAAAACUUGGAUGAUGAUAUGA